GUCCGAAAAAAACCCCACCACCAUCCACCAGCUCGACUUCUGCUACAUUACCACUCUUACCGCUUUCCAACCCAUCCUCCCUCUCCGACCUAUCAAGCCCAGUCAUAUUUACCUUUCCACUGGGAAAACGGUCUUCGAUUUUUCACCAGUCAUUUUCCCAUCUUAGUCUCCAGUUGCCCUGCUUCUCCCGAUGGCUGAGACAGGUUCACGCCCUGCGCCGGGCGACCGCACCGUGAUCGGCUUGGUCUUUGGCAAUUCUAACAGCUCUAUUGCUUAUACUCUGGAUGAGAAGGCCGAGGUCAUUGCCAACGAAGACGGAGAUCGCCAGAUUCCUACCGUGCUCUCCUACGUUGACGGCGACGAGUACUAUGGUCAACAAGCCAAGGCCUUCCUCGUCCGGAACCCGAAAAACACCAUUGCUUACUUUAAGGAGUUUGUUGGUCAAGACUUCAAGUCCAUCGACCCCACUCAUAACCACGCCUCGGCCCACCCUCAUGAUGUGGACGGCGUCGUCUCAUUCACCGUCAACGACAAGGAGGAGGCCGUCGAGCCGUCGACCCUGUCCGUCUCCGAAGUCACCACGCGCUACCUCCGUCGCCUGAUCACCGCCGCCUCCGAGUACCUCGGCAAGACGGUCACCUCGGCCGUUAUCACCGUGCCCACCGACUUCACAGACAAGCAAAAGGCCGCGCUAAUAAAGGCCGCCAACGACGCCGAUCUCGAGGUCCUCCAGCUCAUCGCCGAGCCCGUGGCCGCCAUCCUGGCUUACGACGCCCGGCCCGAGGCCACCGUCGAGGACAAGAUCGUGGUCGUCGCUGACCUCGGCGACACUCGCUCCGAUGUGGCCGUCGUCGCCUCGCGCGGCGGCAUGUACACCAUCCUCGCCACCUCGCACGACUACGAGUUCGCCGGCUGCCACCUCGACCAGGUCCUCAUCGACCACUUCGCCAAGGAGUUCAUCAAGAAGCACAACACCACCGACCCGCGCGAGAACGCCAGGAGUCUCGCCAAGCUCAAGCUCGAAGCCGAGUCGACCAAGAAGGCGCUCUCCCUCGGCACCAACGCCAGCUUCAGCAUCGAGAGCCUGAUCGAGGGCAUCGACUUCACCUCCACCAUCAACCGGUUACGCUACGAGAUGUCGGCCCGCAAGGUCUUCGAGGGCAUCAACCGCCUCAUCGAGGCCGUCGUCAAGAAGGCCGACCUCGACGUCCUCGACAUCGACGAGGUCAUCCUCUCCGGCGGCACCUCCCACACCCCGCGCAUCGCCAACAACCUCGCCGCCCUCUUCCCGGAGUCCACCACCAUCGUCGCCCCCGCCACCUGCGCCACCGCCAUCAACCCCUCCGAGCUGCUCGCCCGCGGCGCCGCCCUGCAGGCCUCCCUGAUCCAGGAGUACGACGCCGAGGACAUCGACCAGUCCACCCACCCGGCCGUCUCGACCGUCAAGCACAUCGCCAACGCCCUCGGCGUCGUCACCCUCGCCGCCGACGACGCGUCGUCCGAGUCCUUUACCCCGAUCGUCCCCGCCGAGACCGCCGUCCCCGCCCGCCGCGUCGCCCGCAUCGCCGGCCCCAAGAACGGCGGCGAUGUCCUGAUCCGCGUCGUCGAGGGUGGCGCCCACAUCAAGGUGACCAAGCCCGAGCCCAAGCAAAAGGCCGAGACGAACGGCGCAAAGGAUGAGGACGACUCGGACGACUCGGACGACGACUCCUCGGACGAGGACGACGAGGAGGAGGAGAAGCGCGAGAAGGUCUGGAGGAUCGGAAACACCGUCGCGGAGGCCGCCGUCCGCGAUGUCAAGAAGGGCAGCCAGGUCGAGGUGACCCUGACCGUCAACGCCGACCUCAGCGUUAUCGUUACGGCGAGGGAGAUUGGCGGGAAGGGCGGCGUCCGGGGUGUGGUCAAGGCGCCGUGAUUUUCUUUUGUCCCAAGACAAGGCAUUGUAGGGACCCAUUCGGCCCGGGCGCGAUAUGGGAAUGGAUUUAACUGAUUUGUAUCACGAAAUGAGGGUAGGAUGUGGAUCACACGUUGUGAUGAAGGCAUAUAGACCCGAACUCGGUUGUCCUGUGUACCGUGCAGUGAGGUUCUAAUCUGCUUUGGUUCGGCUGUUAUUAGGUCGACAACGGUAGGCGAUAAAAGGAGGGAGGAAAUCUAUAGAAUAGAACAGUUCUGCGGUUUAUGAAUUCCCAUGAGUCUCCCGUGGCAUUUUCGAGUGAAAUGGUCAACAUCC